AUGUCGUCCAGUAACCAGCCCCAGAAGAGCCCUGAAGAAAGAGUUGGGCAAGACGCACCAUCCACGCAGAGACCGCCUUCAGUAGCCGGUUCUGGAGCAGACUCGAGGCCUUGGGAAGAGGCAACUGGAGCAGACACUACAAUUCGGCGAGACUAUGGAACCCUGAGCAGCGUUAUACAUGCCUCAAGCAGCCAAAGACCACGCAGUGGACAUCGAAAUGACGAGGCCCAAGAGUCUCCUAGCGUCCUCCCAAUAUCCCCCCAGGCUACCAGGCGCAAGCCUCCAAUGAGAAGAGUCUCGACUCGGAGACAACUGCCUCAUCGAGGCGAACAAUUCUCGGUGGACGAUGACCCCGACGAAGUCGAAGUCGACAGGGAGCUCCAAACGACGCCAAACACCGCAUCCUUUCCGCCUCUGACACGAUCACAAUCCACCGUUCGUCGCCGAACUGCUGCCGCACCUCCGCAGUUACCGCGUGUUGAUUCUGCAGAAGAGGAGGCCGAGGAUAUGGUUCAACAGGAGCCUGUUGCAGAACCCAAUGAAGAAGCCGAUCCGGGUGGAGAAGAUGAUGAAGAAGGGCUUGAAGACUCUGAGGAUGCGGAUCUAAGUGAUGCAGAGAGCUUCACCUUGAGAGAUCGACAGUUAGCCAUCAACGAAACGCAUCCAUUUGGCAUCAGGAUCUGGAAACCUGCCUUAUACAAGAAAUCACGAUCAGUAGAAAAGGGAGCAGAAGAGGACAUUCAUUCCUCACCCAGCCAGAUUGUGAGCAACUGGUUGUGGUUCUUCAACUGCCUAUGGACUGUUCUGUUCGGCUGGUGGCUGAGCGUCGCAGCACUUAUCGGAGCCAUUGUCUGCUACUUGUUUGCCUUUGACCCUAGUGCGGCUGCAUAUGGCAGGAUUUUCCUGGGUCUGGCUGGCUACCUUUUCUGGCCCUUUGGAAAAUUUGUGAGACUCGAGCAAGAUGAGAACUACGCCGAGGAAGACGAAGGCGAGGGUCGCAGCAUCAGCGAGUACGAACGAUGGCAGAGUGGAGAUCUGGAGUAUGGUCGACUUAUGUUUGGACCUACUCUUACUCACACUGGGUCUAUCGUUGGCAGACAUCGAAACAGUGUCGACUCUGCAAGCGAGAGUGAAAGCCUCCUGAACCGGAGUGGAAGAGCAGACCGACAAGAGACCAAUGUGAGCGCCAAAGGCAAGCGACGACUAUUCGGCCGUGGGCAGUGGACCUUAGGCAGGGUCAUCUUCUUCGUUUUCUUCUACUUCAAUGUCGCCCCAUUGAUGCUACUGGUGUCGAUGGUCUGUUGGUUGAUGGUGUUCUGGAUUCCCAUGGGUCGAGUCACCUUGAUUUUGUUUUAUCACCUACGAAAACGACCGUUGGCUCUGACAUUCCACCGAGACGUCUCGCAUGCUAGAAGCUCCACCAAGCCUUCGUCAAUCCUCCUGUGUACUUACCGGGCGGUCGGUGUCAAAUACUGGAAGUACACAGUCGAUGGAACCAAUAUCUUCCUCAUCAACUUUCUGGCCGUUGUUGUCUUUGUCAUUUUCGACUACUUCGUUCUCAAGAUAGCAGUUGGGUUGGAUAUCUGGCUGACAAGUCCCGCGCUCAUGUUCACCCUGGCCCUUAUCUCCAUCAUCCCUUUGGCCUACUUCAUUGGACAGGCAGUGGCGUCGAUUUCGGCUCAAUCGUCGAUGGGGAUGGGAGCUGCCGUCAAUGCUUUUUUCUCCACCAUUGUUGAGGUAUACCUGUAUUGCGUCGCCCUUAACGAGGGGAAGGCCUCUCUAGUGGAAGGGAGUAUCAUUGGCAGCAUCCUCGCUGGUCUACUACUUCUUCCCGGGUUGUCGAUGUGUUUCGGAGCCAUAAAGAGAAAGACUCAACGCUUCAACGUCAAGUCUGCUGGAGCCACAUCUACUAUGUUGCUGUUCGCCGUCAUUGCAGCAUUUGGGCCAACCCUGUUCUACAAGAUAUACGGAAGCCAUGAGCUCAUCUGUAGAGCGUGUACUGCAGAGGGCGAGGACACUCCUGCGGAUUGUCGGCAAUGCUAUUUCCGCCAGGUGCCAGCCGUCUCGGACGACUUCUUUUUGAAAGCCGUGCGUCCAUAUUGCUGGAUUGCUGCAGUUUUUCUCUUUUCGUCCUACAUCAUAGGACUCCUGUUUACCCUGCGCACUCACGCUGCUAUCAUAUGGAGCACCGAACUGGACGAGAAGAAAGCUCAGCCUCCAACUGCUGACGUAAGUCCAUUGGACACCAGACAGCAAAGCGUGGUCAACUCGCAGAACCUGCCUAAACCUGACGGGUCCUAUCUCCCUCGAUCGGCUAUUAGGGAGUCUCAGUUGUACAAAAAGAUCUUGGGCCAGUCUCUGCGAUCCGCUGGGCUUCCGGAUGGCGAUGCUGGUGUUGAACGCGAGCAAUUCAGUUCUUACGAAAACGCCUCACACGUCUCAGCCACGGACCACCACAACAAGAGUGAUUUGCCUCAUGUGGUCCCGCCCAAAUCGAGCCACGGCUCCGAGGACGUCCAAAGCCCCCUUCUACAUCCUGUACUGCCUGGGCUAUCCGAAGAAGACAAUAACAACCUGGUUCGACAGGUUGCGGAACUAGCGGCGACAGCAGCAACGAUUGCCACCCGAGAUGCGGUCAAUCACCCCCGGACCGCGUCUUAUCAGGCCACUCAUGCUUACAGGCAAGACACUUCGAAAAGCCAAAGACCAUCCGUCCUUCGCAGAGACACUGUGACAGAUGAGGGAAUUGCAACUGCUGGGACGGAACAAGCUCCUGUGCCUGCUGUGGAGGGUGGUGGCCAUGAUGCGCCAAAUUGGUCCAGGACCAAAUCGUUCAUCAUCCUUUUGACAGCAACGGUUGCUUACGCUGUCGUGGCUGAAAUCCUGGUGGAUACCGUGGACGUUGUGCUUGAUUCGGUUGACAUCGAUGAGAAGUUCUUGGGAAUUACCUUGUUUGCGCUGGUACCCAACACGACGGAAUUCUUGAAUGGUAUCUCAUUUGCUAUGAAUGGGAAUAUUGCUCUCAGCAUGGAAAUUGGAUCAGCGUAUGCACUGCAAGUGUGUAUGCUUCAACUUCCGGUUUUGGUCCUGUUUUCGGCAUUGCGCUGGCCCUUUAUUGAUCCAGCGGACCUCAUCGACCACACCUUCAAUCUCAUCUUCCCGCAAUGGGACAUGGUGACAAUCAUUCUUUGCGUCUUCCUGCUCAGUUACAUGUCUGGGGAGGGAAAGAGCAACUACUUCAAGGGCAGCAUUCUGGUCAUGACGUACCUCGUGGUAGCUCUGGGGUUCUAUUUCAGUGGCUUCACCACCCUGACCAUCAUGGGGGUUGAUCCUUACGACACAUUGGCCAUCAAGUCAAGCAUGGCGUUUCAACAAAAUACACCUGGAACGAUCAGAACUCCGAGGGUGGUCAGUGGGAGGGAGUUAUAA